AUGUUUGAGGAAAAUGAGUAUCGCCAGAGCAUUGAAAUCAGGACUAUUGCCAAUGCAUACUGGAGCGCAACGAUGGAGUUCAAGGUUCACUUGGCCGAUCCGGACUCGUGCAACCUCGGACACCACUUGCACAGCUGUCGGGUGAAGAUCAUCGAUACGGACACCUUUCCGUCCAACAAGUAUCGCGAACAUCUUUUGAAAGGUGAAGAGGGCUUGGAGAGCAUCAGUGCAUCUGGUCUCUUCACAGAAUACUUCAAGCUGUGUUUUCUGCAAGUGCCGAGUAUUUCCUGGCGGACGGUGAUGUGUCUCCUCUUCGACCAGCUCAAGAAUGUCUACCGCUACGUCACGUUGUGUUUAAACAUCUACAUUGUAGAUGUCCUUUGCAACCUCAACAAAGACACCGAAGAGCAACUGCUACGUCCCACGAGGGAAGGGACAGCUGUGGUGAUCGGGCUGUUGUAUGUUGCACCGAUGCUGAUUCUCCAUCUUUGGGAUAUCUUGAAAGCCAAGAUGGAUCUGGUGGGGCAUCUCAGGCUGUAUUUGCAGGCGAGUCUCUUCCGAAGAUAUCUCAACUACAGCGAAGAGAGUCGCGCUUCGGUGCCUCCUGCAGAUAUGCAACAUGCGUUGCUGGCGGUGUUUACCUGUUUCACCUUGUUGGAAAAUCCCGAUGCCAUCUAUUUGCUGAUGGCCAUGCCUUCCUUGAUGUUUCUCUUCCUGACGUGCAAGUCCUGCUGCUCGUCAGACUCUGAAGAUCGGAAGGACACCGAGGCGCAGGUCCUGUCGCUGGCUGCGGAGGUCUGUCAGCGCUAUCGUCUCAUUGCGGACUACUUCCAACGUCCGCAGAUGAACGAAAUCUUCGCCCGGAAGACCGAUGAGCUGCGGCGGCAGUCCGUGCCUGAAGCUGUGCAGGGGGUGAACAGCGAGUACUUCCCCAAGUGGUUGGGCCCACUCUUCGUGGGCGUCUACGUGGCGUUGUAUUCCCCCAGCGUCUUCGACAACUCCGUCUCCUUGGGAACCUUCCUGGCGAUGAUUCACGUCAUGAAGGAUAUCAGUUCCGAAUUUGCCGAGGCCUACGACAUCAUCCUGGAUCUGACGGACACCUUUGAGUCCAUCAAAGCCUUGACGGUGUUCUUCAACAAAGCCACCGAUCUCUUGAUGUGGAAGAAGGUGAACCGUCAGCGCCGAGAAGCCACGAGGCAAGCACGAGAUGAGUUGUUCAAGAACAGCCACGAUGAGAAUCGCGAGCAGGGCGUGUACAAGACAGACCAGAUCAAGAUGCGGAUCUUGGGCGAGAACGUGACUUCGCAAGUGGACCAGGGAAAACUGGUGGCCGUCGUGGGGCCGCAUGGAUCCGGCAAGAAGACGCUGCUGUCGCUGCUGGGCCACAUGAUCUUCCCACAAGAUGGGCAGAUCUUCAUCCCGUCGCACCUUCGCAUCCUGCAUGUGACCCAGGAAGCGUACAUCUUGAAUUUGUCGCCCUGGCGGAACCUCAUCUUUGGUUGUGCCAAUCCCAAUUCGGUGGAUCCUGAACGCAUCAAGAUGAUUCUCAACAUGCUGGAAAUGAAAACCACCUUGGAUCUGAUCAAAAAAGAUUUGGAGAAGCAAGCAGAGCUACGAGCAGGUCACAAGCCCGCUGAUGACUCUGAGGCUGAGGAGUCGGAAGAUGAAGAAGAAACAGACAUGAACAAGAGCAAGGGCGACGAUGAAACUUGGCACGAGUCGCUGACCUACUCGGAAAAGGUGAAGAUUCACUUGGCUCGCGCAUUGAUCAUGAACCCCGAGGUGUUGGUCUUGCAGCGACCUUUGCACCACUACGACGAUCUCAACGCCGGCAAAGUGCUGGAGGUCCUGUAUACUCAUGUGCACGAACGUGGUCUGGGCCUGCCGGAGAAAGGGCGAUGGCACCGGCGUCCCCGUAGCUGCCCCUUGGUGAAGGCUUCAGGAUAUGUGACAUUUGCGGAAUAUGGAGGGUUUCAUGGGAGAAUCAUUUGGAACUGGUCCACUAGUCCAUUUUCCAUAGCUAUCUUGGAUUAA